AUGAAGGCCGAUAUCACCCUGGCCCUGAGCAUGCUCUGUCUGGUCCUCCUGAUCUUCGUCCAUGAAGCCAUGCCUGCCCCUAAUGGAACUUUCUUCAAUGACACACUAACUGAAAAUACGAGCGUGAGAGAUGGACUUCUGAAUGAUUCCAGCAUCUCCACUGACCAAUCCACACCUGAGAAGCAUGACAGAGGAAUGCAUGGUGAUCAUUCUGUCAUGACAACAGACUCCCCGAAUGGUACACCCACAUCCACAGGGAUUCAGACAUCUGCAACAUCAGGUAGCCCAACCCAGCAGACUGAAAAUACCACACCACCCCCACCGACAAACCCUAUCUCUCUUCCCAAGACCCCCCCCACCAUCUCAACCCCUCCAUUCUCUAAUCAACACCCAUCUGGUCAGUUAAGUACGGGGUCCAUCGUGGUCGUGGUCCUAAUUCCCAUAAUUCUUAUCCUACUGAUUAUCGUGCUGUUCUUCUACAAGUGGAACACCCGCCACUCAGGCCAGGACAGCUCCGCCCCUCGGCUGUUAUUGGGCAUCAGAGAGCGCAUGAGGGGCGGUGUUAGAAGCCUGGAGGAUGGGCUGGGGCUCCGCCUCUGGCCAGGAAAGAGAGUGGUGGAGGAAGAGGGGGAGGAGGAGGGGAAGGGCGGAGAUGGAGAGGCUGCUGUCGGAGUGAGAGGGGGACAGAGGGAUGAGGAUGAAGGAGAUUCCUCAGACGACUACUCCAGUUUAGAUGGGAUUGACCUCAGCGAGAGAGCCAAGAACUUAGAGGAUGAGGAGAAAAAGGAGGAGGCGGCGGUGAAGAGGAAGAGUGGGAGCGAGGGAGGCCAGGAUGACAUGAAUGGAGAGAGGACUGAUGGAAGGAAGGAGGGUGGUGAAGAAGAGCGAACAGGGGAAAUCCCCGGUGAGGAAAAAAGCGAGGGGGAGACUUGUGACCUCACAGCACUCUAA